AUGGCUGUCGAGUGCAAGGUGCAAUCCGGGACUCUGACCUUUGGUGGGCCAACAGGAAAUCAAGAUAGUCAGUGGAAGUUUCUCGGUGGCUUGCCAUCGGCACUGGGCGCUACGAGAUCAGGCUCAGGCUUCACAAUUCUCUAG